GGGAGGGGGAAACGUUGUUGCAUGAAACAAGCACACAAAGGACCGGGCUGUGAGACAGAGCAAGCUGCAGAGGGAGAGACAUCUCACUGAGAGAGAGAGAGACAGAGACAGACAGACAGACAGACAGGCAGGGAAUGAGAUGAGAAUUUGCUAAACCUUAAGAGCCCAGGUACAGAUACCGAAAAAUGUUCCAAGCUAAAAUCCCCAGCGCAGCCGCAGGCCAUGAUUCGGGUUGCAGCCCUGCAGGAAGUGUGGUUCAAAGGUCAAAGUCUUUUAGUGUGAAACCCCCUGUUAGAGAACUCUGCUCUUCCUGCCAGAAGACAGUCUACCCCAUGGAGAGACUGGUGGCCGACAAACAUAUAUUUCACAAUAGCUGCUUCUGCUGCAAGCACUGCAGUACCAAACUGAGCCUGGGCAGCUACGCAGCCCUCCACGGAGAAUUUUACUGCAAACCUCACUUCCAGCAACUCUUCAAGAGCAAAGGGAACUAUGAUGAAGGUUUUGGACGUCGACCUCACAAAGACCUCUGGACCCAUAAAGAGCAAGACGCCUCGGGAGACAAAGCUCUCUGAGAGGCUACGCAAUAUUUAACACCCAGGGUUUUGCCCUUCACCCAAAAUGCACCUUGGGUGGGGUCACUGUGCCUCAGCUGAGUGCAUAUUUUGAUGCAGAUGAAGGCACUUUCUAUAGGAUGUAGCUUGGUGUAGUUACCCUCUUCCCCGCUGGAGGGGGGCAUCUCACAAGAUCACUUUUAAAUGACUAAAAAAAUAUCACAUUCCGCCCUGAAUUCCUUAAUAGGACGAAGACUAUGUAGGGAUCAGGCAAUGCUGUGUAUAGAUCUUUUUAAGUAUCCCAAUUCAAGGGUACAGUUGCUUCAUUUUUUUUUAUUUUUUUUGUGGGGCUAGGUGAUCCCUUGUUAAAGACAUGAGAGUUAUAAGGGAACCUGGUUGUUCAUAGCGUCACUUGCCAUAAAUACAGGGACAGGCUUAAAACAAAGCGAUCAGGGAUCAUCGAACUCCCAUCAACUUUUUCAUAUAUAUAUAUAUAUAUAUAUAUAUAUAUAUAUAUAUAUAUAUAUAUAUAUAUAUGUGUGUGCAGAUUUGAGGAGGGGCUGGUGGGAGAGUUGCACAGUGGUAUAACAGCAUGGUAGAUCAUUAGAUUCACCCUUACAGGGACCGUAUCCCACGCUCACCAUGUGGAAGACAAACAGAAAUGUUAAUCAUUUCAAACUUAAAGGGGCAGGAGGGAUUGUAUUCUUGUGACAUCCUGACUUUGCCAAAAGUAAAACGAUUUACAGUACUUACAGUGGACAUAUAUGUCCUAAUCACUUUUACUGUAAUAGUUUAAAAAACGGCUGGAUGGACAGAUUUUCAUCAUACAAGCCUGAAUCUCAAACUCAGUACUUCCAUUACGUCCAUCUUCCUCGUGCCCGCCCCCCCACCCAGCCUAAUCCAAAAAUGACCUUACUAUUACAACUCUGCUUAUGAGAGAAUGGAACUACAUGUUAUGAUGCGGUCAUAGCCAUAGGGAGGCUAUAGGACAUAUCAGUCGUGAGUUACUUUUUAUAAGCUGCAGGUUCGUUUACAGACUGUUUUAACUGCGUUAAUACUUUCCAUGAGGUCUGAUUGUAAAAUAAACACAUCUCGAGGAUCCACUGUACCCAGUUUUGUGCCUUUGUCCUGAUGUAAUCAGAAUCAGUGUCUGGGUUUCCACCCGGCCCUUCCCAGAAUUAAAGCUAAAUUAAUCGAUUUCAACCAAAAUCUCGCAUUGUGAUUGCCACUGCCAGCUAACGGCUUACUGAAGAAAAAAAAUAAAAAUAUAGAUUUUAAAAAAUUGCAACAUAAAGGCAGGUCUGCUGCAGAUCAUUACACCCCAUUAAUUAAAGGGGCAUAUAUUUGUUGUUGGAAUUAUAUAUAGGUUUCCUAUCGAAAACAUUCUUACUUUUUUUUUUAAAUGUACAGCUUUAAGUAGUCCGUUUAAAACCCACCGUUCUGUUCCAUCUAGGUUGUCGAUUUUGUAUAAAACAUUAUUUUAGAGCAGUAUUUUUCAACAUGUUACACUUUGAUCUCCCCCCAUCACAUUUUAAGAAAUCUAUUUGUAGUAAUGCUUUACUGUGCAAAAAAAACAAAAAAAAAAUGUAGAAUAAAAAAAAACUGCAUUGUGAUCAAUGAGCAUGGGGAGUUAAAUUACGUGAAAUUGUUUAAUGAAAAAGACGAAGAAAAUUUUUUAAAAAAAAACUUCUUUGGCAGUGUGUUUUGUCCACUGUUAUCACAAAGUUGCUAGUCCGUCCGAUGCAUACAGGUACCGGACAAAUACAAUUACAAAUACUCUAUAUUUUGCCACAGUAUAGAGAGAAAUUUUAGAUUUGAAUGCAUGAUACAGCUAACAGCACAUGUAAUAGGGGAACACUGACCCCUAGUGUUGCAUGGAGUAACUGAAGCACACAAUCUAUAAUCACAGGGGUGGCCUGCUGACAGCGGUCACUGGCUGUCAUAAACCUCAGGUUUAGCAUUUGUUUCUCAGCAGAUCUAAAAGUAAAAAACGGUUUUACUUACUGUACAUCGUUGUUUGCCUUUCUCUGCCUUAUGCAGCUCCUUGCACCUAACUGGCUCCGUGCCUUAGAUGUAUAUUAGUGGGGCUGUCUCGUCCAAGGCAUUAACUCUUUUUUUCUGUGCUAGCAAGAGGUGACUGUUCAGUGAUACAGGGUAAAUUACAUUAAAGAAUUUGCUGUUUUGAUCUAA